AUGCGCAAGUUUCGUUAUCCGCUAGAUGAGCUCCUCAAAGCAGACAGGAAGUUUGCCUGGAAGGCGGAGUGCGAGAAAUUCUUCACCACGUUCAAGCAGAUUCUCCAGUCGGAUUUGCAUCUGACGCAUUACAAUCCGCAGCUUCCUAUAGUGGUUUCAGCGGAUGCAUCAUCGGUAGGAGUUGAGGUGACCAUCAGUCACAAAUUUACAGAUGGGUCGCUGAAGAAAGACAUCCCAGUCUACACAGCAAAUCGGCUUCAGCGUUGGGCACUUCAGCUGCUGCUCUACAACUUCGGCAUCGUCUACGUGAACACCGAGAAGUUCGGGAACGCUGACGUUCUGUCCCAGUUCAUCAACCAACACGUCAAGCCGGAAGAAGACUUAGUCGUAGCCAGCGUUAUCACCGAGAACGAUGUAAGAUCGAUAUCAUUAGAUGCAGUUGAUGCACUUCCUCUCCAUUUCAGGACGAUUCAGCAGGCCACCCGCUCCGAACCUGUUCUUAGCAAGGUCAACCGCUACAUUCAGCAAGGUUGGCCAAAUUCCAAAACGGCCAUCCAGGACCGAGAGGUUCGGCGGUUCUUCGACCGUAGCGACUCACUGUCCACGGUUCAAGAGUGCGUCAUGUUUGCUGAACGCCUUGUGAUUCUCCACCGAGGCCAUCCGGGGAUCCAGCGCAUGAAGGCGAUUGCGCGCAGAGACGUGUACUGGCCGUCGAUUUAUUCGGACAUCGCUGCGCACGUCAGUGGUUGCCACAGUAGCGCAGCUGCAGUCAAAAAUCCGCCCAAAUCAGCGCCGCUGUCGUGGCCCAAAUCAACACACCCGUGGCAGCGGGUUCACAUCGAUUACGGCGGGCCUAUCGAGGGAGAAUACUUCCUGCUCAGCAUCGAUUCGCAUUCCAAGUGGGUGGAAAUCGUCCGGACCAACUUGAUCACAGCCUCAAUCCUACGGAAUCUGUUCACUCGCCUCGGCAUGCCAGAAACGCUAGUCAGCGACAACGGCACGCAGUUCACCAGUGCCGAGUUUGUGCAGCUUUGUCUGGAGAGCAGGAUCAAUCGCGUGACCAUCGCACCGUUCCACCCGCAGUCCGACGGGCAGGCAAAACGUUUCGUGGACACAUUCAAGCGAGCGAUCAAGAAAACCCGAGAGGGGAGAGAAUCCGUCAGCACCCGAAGGCAAAUCUCCGUCCGAAGUUCGUCCGCCAACAACAGUUCAGCCGUCGGACGAUCAUCAAGCUGCACGGUUAUUCGGGAAUGGUGA